GAGCAACAUUUUAUGGAGAGUGCUCGCCCCAACUAUAUGACAAUAACUGUUGUAGAUGGAAAUGAAUGCAGUUCAAAUUCUGGGCAUUUUUUCCAGUGUGACAUUUAACCUUUGAACCCAGAGGAACAGCUAACCCUGAAUGACUGCAGAUCAUCCUCCUUUACCAACAGGUUUGAGCUGUGUCUGAGACAAAAGCAGGUCCAAGGAGAGGGACGUGUUGGAGUCCUAGUGGGAGGUGCUCAGUGUGUCUCUUUCAUCAUCAUCAGACUCGUAUCCUCAGUCACAAAAUGGACUCUUCAAAAGGGCCCUGCCCUCACAUGAGUGUCCCCGUGGAGAUGGAUGAGAGCAUGACACCCUCUAGUGUGGACCUGGCCUUUGCUCACUCCUGCAAACAGUGCAGUGAGGACAGAGAGACCACCAAAGAGCCACAGGAGUAUGACUGCGAGGAGGAGGAGGAGAAGUGGAGACCACCUGAGAGUCAGUUCCUGCAUGCUGCCCCCAAACACCACUUCAUUCCCCCUACAAGUCCAGGCCACGUGAAGUCCCCCCACCCUGCAGGGGCCUGGCCCUGUGGUCUCAGAGAGCAGGCACCACUGUAUGAGCAGGACUUCAUGGUUAACCACAGUAGAGGCUUUUCCCACGCUUCACACAAGCCUGAGGUUCGCUCUGUGGAGGAGGCAGAGAGCUUGGAGCCCCCACUCCCACUCCUCUCUGAUGCUAACAGCCCCCACUACGUCCCCCAAGGAUACUCUGCAGCACGUGUGCCCGGUCCAACCCCAAUCCAGAGGAGGUGUCUGUGCUGCCCUCCGGCCAAUCUGCCCCAUCACAGUCCCAAUGAUUACUAUAAUAAGCAUGAUUACCCAGCAGGUCCACGCCUGCAGCAUAAGCACCCCCAACCAGCAGGGAAUCCCCCCAAUAAAGAGCAACAGUUUCAACCUUCUCCAAACGCCCCCUGGGGACCAGCGCCUCGCUGCGCAGUCCCUCCAAGAGAUGUGAUGCAUGAGGUGGGCGUGGAUAGCUCCCUCCAGCCUGGUCCCGGUCCGGUCACAAGGGAGAUCAAGAGGGUCAUCAGCCUACCUGAGGAGAGCCGAAACGUUUUCGUCACAUACUCGGUGGACGUGGCGGAGGACAUCGUUCCUUUCGUCAAAUUCCUGAACGACCAGGGCUUCAGACCAGCAAUCGACAUCUUUGAUGACACGAUUCAAAGGAUGUCCAUCACCAAGUGGAUGGACAGAUACCUGAAUGAUAAAUCAGUGCUCAUCAUCGUGGUCAUCAGCCCCAGGUACAAGGAGGACGUGGAGGGACACGGAGACGAUGAGCACGGCCUGCACACAAAGUACAUUCACAACCAGAUCCAGAACGAGUUCAUCCGACAGGGCUGCCUCAACUUCAGACUGGUCCCUGUGCUGUUUCCAAAUGCGACCAAGAGACAUGUCCCAAACUGGCUGCAGAGCACCAGGAUCUACCGCUGGCCUCAGGACAACACCGGCCUGCUACUGCGUCUGCUCAGAGAGGAGCGCUACAUCAUCCCGCCGCGUGGGGGCGACCUCACCCUCACCGUCCGUCCCGUCUGAGAGCGAUGGGACAGAUGUACAGACGAGGACUGUUUGAGUGGACUUUGAUUGACCGGCCUGAGGAGGACUGCUCUUACAGCACACUGAUGGAUGUUUCAUGUUAAUUCUUUCUUCUUUAUGAUUCAUGUUUAUCUAUCUCACUCUGUAAUGAUUAAACCAUGUAUUAAUGCACAGCCUGGAGUCUGCAGCCUGAUCAUCUACAGACUCUGAAUAAAAUAUAACAUUAUCAUUUUAAUCUG